AUGUCCCACCCUCGCGAGUACGAAAUCGCGCUCGGGCCAGACCACAAGCUGCAGUCGGUCUACUGCGACAUGAACAGUCUCAACCCCUUCACCACCGGUGGCGACUCGAUGGCUAUCAAGGACCGCCUUCCUCUCACUGAAGACCACUACACCCAAAAGGAUACCAGCAUGAACCGCAAGAUUUGGGACUUGAUCCCCCUCAUGGAUAUGAUGCCCAUGGGUCGACUCAACCAGGCCUACGAAAACAGGCGUGAUGCGGAACGUCACACGCACAUCGACAACUUCUAUGGGAUUUACGACAACCGCCUCACUUCCGCUUGGACUAGGCUCGAAACCAAGAAGGCCAACGGAGACAUUGAACCUCUGGCUUCCGCUGUUACGCGUGCCGAAGCUCUCAAGGCGAAGGGCAAUACGCUGUUCAAGAAGGACAAGAUGGUCCUAGCGCUGGAGGCGUACCGCGACGCCAUGUACACAUUGUAUCCUUGGAGCAACAACCCUCUGCUCUUCACUUCAACCGACGCGUUCAAAUACGGCAUUGUUGACAUCCUCUUCGCUGUCGUGAAGCUUUGCGCCAAGAUGCUGAUCAACAUGCGCUACAUCACUCAUCGCCAACUCGUCAAGGCGUAUGCUCGUUCCGCCGAGGCCACGUACGGUCUUCACCAGACGCAGUUUGCCUCGGACGAUUUCGGUCCUCUCGGUAUGAACGUGAACGCCUCGCCCAGUCAGGUCAAGCAGAUCAUGAGCCCCCUACUUGCCCACUCGGUCUUCCUCUCCCUCUCAGACCCCGCCGACGACUGCUCCGCUCACGCCGACUGUGUCAUGCGUCACGACGGUUGUACCUCGCUCGCCGCCGUCCAGAAGCGCAUUGACGCGGUGUUCGACAAGGGCGACACGAGCAUCCUCCUGCCUACCGGAAUUCGCGUCACGUUUUCCACCAAGUAG